AUGCACAGUGUCAAGGUGCAUCUUGAUGAUUCUGACCCUACCCACAUUUUUGCUGCUUCCAAAACCAACCGCAACCCAACUUCUUCGCCAUUUUCACAUGGUAGGAUAUCAUUAGUGGAGUUGAGUUCUACAGUGGAUAGUGCCCUCAGAAAAGGUGAAGCUAAACUUGAAAUUGAAAGACGGCGGUAUGAGAAUGUUGAUGAAAUUGAGGAAAGAACAGGUUUUGGUCCCAAAUCUAAGAGUAUGCGUGUGUUUGAGAUGCAUGAAAGGUAUGGAGAUGGUGAGAUUUGGUUGUUGCUUGAAACAAAAUCACAUAGUGCUGCCAAAAAGGCAAAGGGUACAGCCAAUGCUAUGCUAUGUGCCCUUUUAGAGCCUUUAAAAAGUUUAACCACCAAAGACAAAGGGGUGGCUCCUGUUCCUUCAAACUUUCCCAAAGCAGUGCGGCACUCGCAGCUAGAACGUGAACCACUUUAA